CAUCAGUCCAGCAAUUGCUCACCUUCCUCUCAAGCAUCCUUCAUUAUUAUUCCAUCAAAUUUCCUUGUCCACUUCUUAAGAGAAUCACCCCCAAUAUGCCUGCUGCAAAGGAUAUCCUGACUGCUACCCAAGAGAAUGGCAAGUCCUUCUUGGAUACCUUCAAAGAACAUUGCAAUGGUGUCAGAAUUGACACCAAGAACACUGUCUUGAAUCUUCUUCGCAAGAACUAUCCUGAACACCACAUUACCGAAGCAGAAGAGGGCCGAAUUUCUCUCCUCGAGUUCGCUGAUGCCGGCCAUGCUAUGUACAUCCUCGAUUCUGACGAGGAGUCCUUCAACGCAACGCGCAAAUGGCGCUCUGUCGGCGAGCGUCUCGAGAAGAAACUUCACCCUGGCAAACUUAGUGACGACUACCGCUUCGCCCGCUUUCAAUACAUUUGGGGGGGCAAAGAGUUCCUCCUCUAUUUCGUCGUUUGGAAGGACAUGCUCGAGUCCCAAAAUCGUAUAUUCUACAUUCUCUCUCCGCGAAACGAAGGUAAUAUUGUCGAGGGGCACUGUGUCGACAGCGACGAGCUAGUGCUCGCUGCUGGCAAAUGGACUUCACAACUACACGAGGAGAUCUUUGUGUUCGACAACGGAUACUGGGAAAAGAGCAAGGACUUGUGGAAAGCCGUCGAGGGCUCGUCUUGGGAAGAUGUCAUUCUCGACCCUGAAAUGAAGAAGAGUCUCAUCGAAGAUGUGCAAGGCUUCUUUGAUAACCAGAAACUCUACGCGGAUUUCGCAGUCCCUUGGAAGCGAGGGAUCAUUCUCCAUGGCGUUCCAGGCAACGGAAAGACUGUCUCUAUCAAAGCUCUCAUGUCAUCUUUAUAUGGGCGCGGAGAUCAUAUCCCGUCGCUGUAUGUCAAGUCAUUUGCGGACAAGUGCAAUGGCGAAGAGUACUCUAUUCGACGCAUCUUCCAGCAGGCUCGUAGCUCGGCGCCGUGUCUACUCAUCUUCGAGGAUUUGGACAGUUUGGUAGGAGACGAUGUACGAAGCUAUUUCCUCAAUGAGGUAGAUGGUCUUGAGUCUAACGACGGCAUUCUCAUGAUCGGCUCUACGAACCAUCUCGACAGACUCGAUCCUGCUAUCGCGAAACGCCCAAGUCGUUUCGACCGAAAGUACCACUUCAAGCUACCCGGUGAGGAAGAGCGCAGCGCUUACACUGCGUACUGGAGGAAGAAGCUCCUCAAGAAUGACACUGUGGUGUUCCCCGAGGAACUCUGUCCAAUAGUUGCCCAGCUGACGGAAGGCUUCAGCUUCGCGUACUUGAAGGAGCUCUUCGUUAUGGCAUUGUUGAGUCUUGUUCGGGGACACAAAUUCGAUGACUUCGAGAUCAUUGACAAAGAUACGGAAUCGGAAGAGAAGAAAGAGGAAGCAAACACUAAGGCAGCCUCCGACUGCUGUGGCGACAGUGAGAAAGCCAAAGUUGAGUCCGAAACGUGUCAAUGCAGCAAGAAGUGCGAAAAGUGUGGACUGCUCAAGGAACAAGAAGCCAGGAAACAGGAAGAAGAGGUUGAAAAGAAAGAGGAAGUUAGGAAGGCCAGGACAGUGAUGCCAACCAUCGACAUCCCGGACCAUCUUGUCGAUAAUCUUCUAUUAAGGGUCAUUAAACACCAGAUUCGGAUCCUACACUCCGAGAUGGAUAAUACGGAAGAGGAGCAAUGGCCGUCUGGUAGGAAGACGAUGGGUGGCGAGGGCGAUGCUGCAGAGGCAAGAGCUCGGAUGAUGAUGAUGCAGAUGAGGCGUAGACGCUGCUGAGCGCCAUCAUCAAGGAUUCAGUGUAGUGCAUGAGCGUGCCACUGUGGUACCUUAAAAAUUUGUUUCAAACAGAAAUCGCUAUUGAAAAUGCUGGCUUUGUUCCAUGGUAGGGCUGUCUCUGACGUUCUUUUCCGCCCAAGUGUACACUCGUGCCCCCUGCAAGGCUACAACACCUCCUCUUCAGAAUAAC